AUGGCACGUACCAAGCAAACUGCUCGCAAGUCCACCGACGGGAAAGCCCCAAGGAAGCAACUGGCAACCAAAGCCGCUCGCAAGUCUGCUCCCGCCACCGGAGGAGUGAAGAAGCCUCAUCGUUUCAGGCCAGGAACUGUCGCUCUCCGAUUUCAGAAACCAACUUCUGUUUCUAAAGCAGCGCCGUUUCCGCUCUUCACGAAGCCGUUGAAUCUCGAUGGAUCUCGUUGUCAAGAAUUGACGGAGUCAGAGAAGUAG